AUGACCUUGCCAGGAAACAGAAUCUUUUUUAAGCCUUGCAAGCCUGAGUUCCGUCUGGACCAAGUCACUGCGGCUUUUUCUCAGUUUGGCCCUCUUCGUGAGGUCAAGAUGCUCAAGGGAUACGGCUUUGUUGAGUUUACAAGAAAAGAAGACGCGUCUAAAGCUCUUGAAACUGAGGUCGACCUUUGUGGCUUUAAAGCUACGGUCGCAAUGGCCAACCGUAUUGAGCGUCGUGAGGGCCCUCCUUCUCGUUCAGGUCGCUCAAGCAGACCUUCUGAAGACGAUCUUUUUCGCGUCCAACUUUCUGGUUUAAACCCUGACACCAAGUGGAAGGACCUGAAAGAUCACUUCAGAAAACAAAGAAUCAAUGUGUCUUAUAGUGAAGUCUCACGGUCCGGCGAUGGUACUGGUCUUAUUGAUUUGGAAAGUCAGGAAGAUGUCGAUUAUGUUUUGGACAAUAUGCAAGGCUCUGAGCUUCUUGGAAACGAAAUUGUCAUUCAUGAAGAUUCUAUAAGUAGAAAACCCCGUGAAAAGGAACGACGUGAUACUAGAGACGUGCGUCGCAACAAUAGAUUUGAUGACCGACGAGGCAGUGACUAUGGUGGACACAAUGACCGGUUCAGGGACCGCCGCAACAGCAACACCCAUCGUCGGGAUCCUCGCGACCGCAGUCCCGACCAACGUAACCAUAGCCGCACGCGCGAUCGGAGCCGCGACCGAAGCCGUGACCGCAACUCUCGGCAUAACAAUAGCCGAUCAGAUAGACGCGACAAUAAUCGUCGCAACAGCAACAGCAACAACAACAACAAAAAUAAUAAUAACAGCCACCACAAUGGCCGCCGGAAUAGUGGGCAAUAUGAUGAUGAGGAUAAUGGCGAGGAGUACAAUCGGUACUCUGACAAUGACGAUGACGUCGACAUGGAGGGUCAUCAUGGGGAUGAUGAUGAGUACCACUCAGAUAGGUACGACAAAAUUGAUGACGACGAAGACAAUAGAGGCAACAAGAAUAAUAGGGGCAAUAAGAAUACUAGGCGCAAUAGCCACAAUGGUGGUAACAGCAGCAAAUCAGGUGGGUCCCGUUCGGGGAAGAAUGAAAACAAUAACAACAACGAUAUUUUUGAAGAGCAUGAGGAUGAGAAUAUUGACCACGGCAAAGGUACUAGUGAGAAUCCUGUGACAUUGGAUGAUGAACAGGAUGAUUUUGUUGAAAUUUCCAAGCCCCAACAACGGACGCGCCAGAAUGGCAGCAAGAGCAGCAAGAAUGGAACAAGUACUCGCCGAAGCAAGCAGGAUUUUAAAAAUGAAGAUUUAGUUGAUGUUCCUUCGCGGCCUUCUGGAAGAUCCGAUAAUAAGCGUGCGAGCGCUGGAUCUUCUGGUAACGCAAGCGCAGCACCAAAAAUUGAUCCUGAUGUGGAUGUGUCUGCUGCAACACCACCUCUUUAUGAUGACGAUGAAAUUGAUGAGGGAUGGUAG